AAAUUAUGUCUAUGUCUUAUUUUGAAACAGAGUAUUGUAACGAAUGGUCCUAUCCUAAAGCAUAUCAAUUUUAUUUUGAUUUAUACAAAGAUGAUAAUGUUGUUUUUCAACAAAUGAAAAAGGACUUGCUUAAGUUCAAAAAAAAUCCUAACUAUAAUUCUUUUGCAAAGAAAAAAGCUAAUUUUUUUGCCCAAAAUAUUCUAGCUUCGUCAAGUGAAGCUAGCAGCUUUAGCAACAGAAACUUACCCACUAAUAAUAGCACAUUAAAUAAACAAACUAUUCAUAUGGGAAGCCAAAGUACAGUUAAUAAUGUCUUUAAUAAUAAUGGAAAAAGAACUGCAGAUCAAGACAAUCUUUUUCAUCAACCUGGUGGAGAAAAUAGUGCAUUUUUUAAUAAAGUUUCAAGAACAUGUUAUGAAGAAGACGAAUCUCCAGACCAUGAAACAGAAGCAGAAGAAUUAGAAGACGACGUUUUGGAUGCUGAAGAUGAUCUGAUUUUUCAAGAAGAGAUUGUAUAUGAAAACGGAGAGAUUGAAGAAUUAUCAGCUAUUGCUGAUUCUGUUAAACAGUGGAAAGUCACUGCAGAAUACAUACCUUUAAUCCAUAAUCAAGUUUUAUUAUAUUACAAUAUUAUUGAUGCAAGCUUGAAUGACAUUCCCCCUUUGACUAGCAAUCAGAUGGAGUUUAUUAGAUCUAUAAAAACAACAACCUAUCAGACCCCCACCCUAGUACAACCUCUUAAUUUAAAUUUCAACGAUUGUUAUACCUUUUUGCGUCUCAAAUCAUUUUACAAUAAUAACAAAUCGAAUCUGUCUUAUUCUGUAAAGAAAAUUAUUAAGACAUAUUUAAAUCAAAAGUAUGAAGAAAAUGUAAAUUUGUUUACGGACACCACCCAAAAAGAAAAUGAUUACAAACUUCAUUUCGUUGCCCCUUUAUACAAGGCUUUGUUUCGACAAAACCAAAAUAUGAAAAAAGAAUGGGGAAAUUCCUCAGUCGGAAAGACCAAAGUGGACGGACUGUUGUCUGUUUUGAAUGAGGAAGGUGUCGUGGCACUGUUGUCGAUUGUGGAGGUGUCUGGUCCUUGGUCGGUGACUAGUAACAACCAUUACAUGAAAGAUAAAAAAAAAAUCGCCAAAAACCUCAAGUUAAUUAUAAAUCAAAUUUAUAAUAUGAACACUAGAGGUGGGAGCAAUAUAAAAAAAGUCAAGCUGUAUGGAUUACAGCUUUAUAAAAAAAACUUUCAUGUAUACAGUUUGCAGCUGGUAUGUCCAAAACUAUAUUUAUUUAAAGAAGAAAUGAAGUUCGAUUACCCUACUUCCCCUUUAUUAUUCUGUACCCAGCUGUCUACUUUUAUCACGAACAUGCUCACCCUACAAUCGCUUAUCGAGUCAAGUCUUGAGAGUGUGCUAUUAUAUUUGUCUAGUGAUGGAACUUCUUCAUCACAAGAGCACAAUCAUGCUGAUAGAUUUAUUGAUAGCACUGAAAACUCUCCCAUAAAAAAAUAAAAAAAUAAAAUAUAUUGUUAAUAUAA